CUUCUUCAGGGCCGGAGGAGAAUCUUACUCCUUUGAUAGCGGCUGCUCAAGGGGUGUGGAGGAAAUGAAGAAGUUUGAAAGGAGACGGGAUUGUUAUUACAGUUUAUAGCUGGAGAAAUUAAAAAGGGGAGGUGUCUCCAUCUUUCUGCUUAUGUCCAGGAAAAGUGCUCAGGGUUGCCCUCCUCCUAUAUAAAAACCCUGAAACAGGUCUGGGAUCAUGUACACAGCAGGGAUCUAAAUCGGUGCAACAUCUUCUCCCAGCCCAUCUGGAAGAGAAAUCAUGAGAUUCUUGUAUUUCCUAGUUCUGGUUUCACUUCACUCUCCUGCAGCAGCUUCAGAGGCAGGAGUCCAGAGCUGGUGCUAUCUGUCACAACAGUGUCAAGACCAAGGCUGUCAAGAACCCCGUCAGUGGGAACAUUUGUUUGAUAACUGUGGAAAAAGUCAACAAUCCCCAAUCAACAUCCUCACCAGCAAAGCAACAUACAAGUCGGACCUCAAGCCGUUCAAGUUCGAAAAGUAUGAUACCGAGCAAGAUAAGAAAUGGACCGUACGAAACAACGGCCAUACAGUCCAAGUGGAUCUUGAUGGAUCAGCAAAGAUUGAAUCAGGGGGCCUCCUGGGUAAAUACAAAGCGAUGCAAUUUCACUUCCAUUGGGGCUACAACGAGGGCCGGGGGGAACGUUCCAAGGCGAGCCCUGGAUCGGAGCACAGCAUUGACGGGGAGAGAUAUGCUAUGGAGCUUCAUAUUGUCCACAUGAAGGAAACAUUUAACGAUCUAAACGAAGCACUCUCCAAAAAUGGCGUGGCAGUGUUGGGCUUCUUUAUAAAGGUUGGCAAAGAGAACAGGUACUACAAACCUUUCAUUUCAAAGUUAAACAACGUUACUUGCAAAGGUAAUCAAACAGAGAUGGAGGCUUUGUGUCUGAAUGCCCUCAUCCCUACAAACACGGACCUUACCAGGUUCUAUCGGUACAAUGGCUCACUGACCACACCUAGCUGCAACGAGGGAGUCAUCUGGACUCUGUUUGAGACACCCAUCGAACUUAGUCUCCAACAGAUCCAAGAAUUCUGGACGAAGCUCUACUUUGGCACGACCACAGAAUGGCCGAUGAUGGAUAAUUUCCGACCCACUCAACCUGUGGGUAAUCGAGUUGUCUACAAGUCAGACUCAAAUGCACUUCUCCCAGCAGGAAAUACAUUGCUGCUAAUACCAACGGCCACAUAUCUCACACUCUUUCUCAUCCAGUGAAGGACUGGGCAGAUUUUAAAUCGAUUCUUAAUUCCAAAGCCCUCAGUCUCAAAAAUGUGUGGCUUGCGUGCAGUGGACCUUCACCCACAGACAGGAGCUUCUGCUGACCAAAACACUUCAUGGCCAAUAUAUAUUCGUUCAAGCUGGUUUCAGACAGCAAAUGUCCCACACUGGAUUUCACUGUACAAGAGCUAUACCCACUGCUCGUAGGGCCAAAACAAAUUUGGGGGGAUAUUCUGAACCAAAUCCCAGCCCAUUAACUUGCUAACAAUCAUCUGAAUGUAGAGAGACUCCUCUUUGAAAUAUUUCCCCACCUACUACAUUUGAGGUCUUACAGAUGUCAGCAUAUAAAUCUUAUUCUUCUUUCCUCACUGCAUCAUUUAGAAGGGCCCUUGUAGGGUAUUUACAUAGCCCCUGUAACAGGAGGAGGGAACCCCCAGCUCGCAGGCUGGAUGUGGCCCACAAGGAGAUCCCAUCUGGCCCUCCAGCCUCUCUCCCUGCCCAGGCCUCCCCUUUCCCUGCUAUAAUCUCUGAGCAGCAAUGGGGCUCGGGAGGGGAGACUGUGGGGUGGGGUUCUCCAGCUGAAGGCCCUACAACUAGGCACUUUAGAACCAGAGAAACAGAGAAGCCCCACAAAGGAUAAAACGAAUUAAUGGUUGAUAUGGGUUAUUACCUUAAAAAACAAAAGACUGAUUUUUAAAGGUGGGGCUACUCCUUAAUGCAGAGGAAUGGGAAGAGGUUGGCAGAGGAGAAGCUGAAGGGACAUUGAGAAUGCUGAAUUCUCAUCCUACCUGUAAUUUCUCCUCUGCAAACACUCUUUCCACUUUCCCCCCACAGUUGGGCUCCAAAACCUGACGUUAGCCUAGCUGGAGUUGGGAUAGACUUGGGGGGGCAUUUCCAGCCAAGACUUGGGGUGGUGUGUGAGGACUUCUUCACCCUUUUAACUUCUUCCUUGAACAUGCCUCCCUUCCUAUGCCUUACAUGGGCGCUUUGUGGAAAUUUGUGCUUGCUGAGAUAAUAUGGUGAUUCAUUACGAAAGAAAGAAAGAAAGAAAGAAAGAAAGAAAGAAAGAAAGAAAGAAAGAAAGAAAGAAAGAAAGAAAGAAAGAAAGAAAGAAAGAAAGAAAGAAAGAAAGAAAGAAAGAAAGAAUAUUCACCUCAUACUUGAACUGACUGACAAUUUCACAGAAAGAAUGGUGAAGCCUGAAAUUCCAGGACAACCUGCUCAAAUGCUGAAACGCAACCAAUGCGGGUGCCAUUUUGUUUCAGCUCUUAAGUUCUAGCCAGCCAGCCAUUCCUGUGACUAAACUUUAUCAUGGCUUCAACUACCCUGCAAAAGUGUGGCCAUGGAGAGAUCCGUUUCUAGACACCUCCAGUCACUAAAUGUGACUGGCUCCCCAUGCAUAUGAGGCCAUCAGACAGCGCUAUACUGGCUCAAGCCCCCCUCCCACAAGCCGGAGGGGCAAAGCUACAGUCCCUCCAAAGUAAGUUAUAUCAUGAAUCUGGUAGCUCUGAUGUCAGUGGGGCAGUGCAUCCGCUCCAGGUUUUAGUCCAAACUUUCAAGGAGCUAUUGAAAGCACCUUGGAUAGCUCCUUAAAAGUUUGGGCUAAAACCCAGAGCGUAUUCAUUGUCCCACUGCAUAAAUCAUACUUCUAAAACAGGGAGAAGGAAUCUGUGGCUCUCUGGAGAUGGUGUUGACUCCAACUCCCAUCAGCCUCAGCCAGCUUCUUCAAUGGUCACGGAUGGGGCUGAUGGGAGUUGGAAUCCAAUAACAUUUGGAACGCACCAGGUCAGCAAAGGCUGUUCUAGAUGAGGGACCCAUGUGUCCCAGUGGCACCAUCUUAGAAGUAGUAUACUUUCCUGGGGAGAGAAGAAUACCUCUUUCAGGAAGAGGCUUGCUACCCAUGGAUAUGUAAAUAAUGAUAUUUAAAACAAUCAUUUUUAUUUAGCAUUUUGUCUGAUUAAUUGGAUCACUUCUUUAAAUCGACCAAAAGAUUCGUAAUUAGCUCAUUCAACCGAUUAACUAAAACACAGGAGGCGUGUUGGAGACUAAUUUGUAAAGCAUCUAAUUAUUGAUUAUUAUUGAUUGGAUUAUUGCAUCGCACCUGUAGCCUAUCUAACAGAAUUAGCAUUUUACCAAAGCUUAACUAUAGCGUGUAACUUUCUGAUGGAAAAAUUUCUGAUGAUCUUUGUUUAAUACAAAUAAACUAAACUUGAAUUUGCACCACUGUGAUGCAACACUGGCCAUGUCUCAAUGUUUCACUAAACCAUAGUUUAAUGCAGCCUUUCUCAACCUUUGGGUCCCCAGAUGUUGUUGGACUACAGUUCCCAUAAUUCCUCACCAUUGGCCACGUUGGCUGAGGCUGAUGGGAGUUGCAGUCCAGCACUAUCUGGGGACCCCAAAGUUGAGAAAGGGUGGUUUCAUGUGAUAAGAAAGAGCUGCAGUGAGGAGGAGUUUGGAACCUUGCGUUUCUGUUUUCCGAAACAACAAACUGUAGUUAAUCUUAACCCAGGUCUGUUUGAAACUAUAAGUUUCAAAUUAUAUGUUAUGAAGCUGGCUUAUUUAAACAAGCCAUAGUUAACAUUGACCACUGUUUAGAGAUCAAACAACACACUAAACCAUGAUUAAUCAAAAUCAGAAGCAAAAACUCCCAAUCUGCUCCCUGUGACCAAGCUGGAGGAGAAGAGUGUGUACAGACCCAAGGUUUGUUCUUGUCAUGAAACACUAUGGUUUAGCCCGCUCCUCCCCAACCUUGGGUCACCAGAUGUUGUUGGACUAAAACUCCCAUCAUCCCUGACCAUUGUGGUGUGCUGGCUGGGGAUGAUGGGAAUUGGAGUCCAGUGAUACCUGGAGACUCAAAGUUGGGGAAGGUAGAUUUAGCAUAAGAUUUGAACAUGACCAACAGCAAUCAUCAUUGACCCUUUGCAGUCAGAAAUUAGGGUUUCUAUACAAGCAACAUCAAGUCAUGUUUGCAACAUGCCUGCUUUGUAGGCACUGUCUUCUUAAAAGCCAAGGCACCGGAGCUUUACCAGAACUUCAGGAGCAGAGAAAUUAUUAUUUUUAACUUGUGUUAAACUUAAUAGCAAAAAGCUUUAAGAAAAGCCAAAGAGAGAAAGGAAUAACAUAGAAAUAGUCAUAUAUUCAAGGUGAACAUACUGAACUGUUGGUUGCACCCAACUAAGUACUACUCAGAGAAGACCCAUUGAAAUUAAUGGGCCUAAUUUGUUAUAUGCCUUCAAGUCGAUUAUGACUUAUGGCGACCCUAUGAAUCAGUGACCUCCAGUAGCAUCUGUUGUAAACCACCCUGUUCAGAUCUUGUAAGUUCAGGUCUGAGGCUUCCUUUAGGGAAACAAUCCAUCUCUUGUUUGGCCUUCCUCUUUUUCUACUCCUUUCUGUUUUUCCCAGGAUUAUUGUCUUUUCUAGGGAAUCAUGUCUUCUUAUUACGUGUCCGAAGUAUGAUAACCUCAGUUUCAUCAUUUUAGCUUCUAGUGAUAGUUCUGGUUUAUUUUGUUCUAAAAUCCAAUUAUUUGUCUUUUUCGCAGUCCAUGGUAUGCGCAAAGCUCUCUUCCAACACCACAUUUCAAAGGAGUUGAUUUUUCUCUUAUCUGCUUUUUUCACUGUUCAACUUUCACAUCCAUACAUAGAGAUUGGGAAUACCAUGGUCUGAAUGAUCCUGACUUUAGUGUUCAGUGAUACAUCUUUGCAUUUGAGGACCUUUUCUAGUUCUCUCACAGCUGCCCUCCCCAGUCCUAGCCUUCUUCUGAUUUCUUGACUAUUGUUUCCAUUUUGGUUAAUGACUGUGCCAAGGUAUUGAUAAUCCUUGACAAGUUCAAUGUCCUCAUUGUCAACUUUAAAGUUACAUACAUCUUUUGUUGUCAUUACUUUAGUCUUUUUGACAUUCAGCUGUAGUCCUGCUUUUGUGCUUUCCUCUUUAACUUUCAUCAGCAUUUGUUUCAGAUCAUUUCUGGUUUCUGCUAGUAGUAUGGUAUCGUCUGCAUAUCUUAAAUUAUUGAUAUUUCUCCCUCCAGUUUUCACACCUCCUUCAUCUUGGUCCAAUCCCGCUUUCCGUAUGAUAUGUUCUGCGUACAGAUUAAACAAAUAGGGUGAUAAAAUACACCCCUGUCUCACACCGUUUAUGACUGGGAACCAAUCAGUUUUUCCAUAUUCUGUCCUUACAGUAACCUCUUGUCCAGAAUAUAGGUUGUGCAUCAGGACAAUCUCAUCCCCAUUCAUUUCAGAGAGUCUGUUUUGAGUACUGCAUGGCUAACAAUGGACACAACCCUAUAUCUGUAUUUUUAUAUUAUUUAAAGGGUUUUUCUUUGGGU